AUGAAUUGCCUUGGGAAUCACCACAGUGAUUUGGGGCUCAAUUGGGACCUUCAUCAAGAUGAGACUCAGAAAGAUAGACAUUCAAGACUGCAAAAUGAGUGCCAAAAGCGAGGAUGGAGACCAAAACCCAGAAAUUGCAACCCCUCUAAUCUAGCAACAGAUCUGCUGGGCCAUCAAGAUCUCCUCCAUCAUUUGCUAGUAGAUGACAAGAACUCAUUAUUGUACUGCUAUGUCCCGAAGGUAGCAUCAACAAACUGGAAGCGUAUAUUCAUGAUCCUUCAGGGAAAAUCAUCUGACAAUAAUCCCUUACACAUUCAAGCAUCUACUUCUCAUGAAAGUACUAUUCUUCCAAGACUGAGCAGCUUCCCUCUUCGUGAAGCAGCUCAUCGACUUCAAAGCUACUUCAAGUUUGUCUUUGUGAGGCAUCCCAUUCAUCGACUCAUCUCUGCCUUCCGGAACAAGUUUCAACUCCACCGCUAUAACUCCACUUAUUUCUUAGACAGAUAUGGCAAGAAAAUUAUUGCUUCUUGUAGGAAUAGAGACUCUAAUGCAAACCAAAGCCUUGAAAAUGGAAGUUCCAGGAAUUAUUCCAUCACAUUUGAAGAAUUUGUUUGCUUCAUCACUGAUGCAAAAAGUUCCAAGGAGAGGAAAUUUAAUGAGCAUUGGCAACCCAUUUAUGAAUUGUGCUCACCUUGCUUUAUCCAUUAUGACUUCAUUGGUAAAUAUGAAACCUUGACAAUCGAUGCACAGAAGGUUCUUGAUCUGGUAAAGGUGAAGCAUCUGAAAUUCCCUGAUCUGAGGUCCAGGUCCUCCACUGCUCAGGAGAUUGUAGAAAACUUUAUGGGCUCAUUGUCUGAAGAAUCUCGCCAAAACCUGUUCCAGUUGUACAAUGAUGAUUUUGAGCUUUUUGAUUACGAUCUGUGAUAGUUGAUGCCUUAGGCAGAGUCUUUAUCAAACAGUCAGAGUGAGAACACCACACUUGAAUACCUCAUGACUAGGGCUGUAGUGGUGGCUGUUUGAAAACAUCAGUGCAUCAGUCAGAACUAUUGACAAUGCAUCAAAGCCUCAAACUGUCAGUGGUGAUAUUAAUUCAUCAUGACAGCCCUACUUAUGACUGACUGAUAUGGAAGCCAAUUUGCUAUGCAUACUUUGCAUUGUCUGAAUUGUUUCCAGGAAAUUGAUGUGGCAAUAGUAUUUCUGAUAGCUGCAAACCUUUGAUUCAAAGAAUGAGAGUGCCUUGGUUUUUGUGAUAUUGUAUAUUUCUUAUGUUUCUUGUGCCAAAGUAUAUUAUAGCUUUGCAGAUUACUUCAUUUAUACCCUGCCAACAUCUUUUCCUUUUGUCAGCAGUAUUAGAAUAACUUUUUACUCCAGGAAUUAGUGCCUUCUCAGGGUCAUGUUGACCAGUUUUCUUACUGUGCCUUACAAUUGCAAUGUGUCUGGUUAUAGUGGAUCUUAUCCAUGGUCUGUGGCUUUUCUGGACCAUAUUCAUGAUGGUUUCAUGUGGCCAAGUGAUUGUAAUACCCAGAGGCAACCAAAGCACAGUUCUUUAUUUGAAAAUAUGUAGGAAAUGCUCCUUGAAGGGAUUUGACAAUACAGAGAGAGCAUGGACUCAAUCAUGUAGAUGAUAGCACCCAGCAAAGCUAUCAUCUCUCUCUUUGCCAUUUUUAAAAAUAAAAUUAUGAGAGAGAUUUGGUAUGGGAACUAAGUGUAUGCCUUUCAACCUGCUUGGAAUGUUAUUUCAUGAUUUAAACUCUGUGAACUACCUGAAUGAAGUUUUCACUUCAAAAUUGUUUAUUGUCUUAUGGAAAUAAAUUUACCUUCAAGUGCCUCAAA